CCAAAUCAAAGAAGCCGAUCAUGCUGCCUGUUACGUUUAUGGAUGGGACGACAAAGACUCUGCUGACAGAUUCAGCUACAACAGCCAAAGAGCUCUGUAACUCUUUGGCUGAUAAGAUCAGCUUGAAGGACCACUUUGGAUUUUCACUUUACAUUGCUCUGUUUGAUAAGGUCUCUUCCCUCGGAAGUGGCAGCGACCACGUGAUGGAUGCUGUUUCUCAAUGUGAGCAAUAUGCCAAAGAGCAAGGAGCCCAGGAACGGAAUGCUCCCUGGAGGCUCUUCUUCAGGAAGGAGAUCUUCACACCCUGGCACAACCCAAAUGAAGACAACGUUGCAACAAACCUCAUUUAUCAGCAAAUAGUGAGAGGAGUAAAGUUUGGGGAAUACCGGUGUGAUAAAGUAAGUUGUAGGCACAAGGAUUGCCCCCCAAAAAGUUGGAGAUACAGUGACACAUUGGGUGCUUUUUAUGAAUCGGUGUUCCCCAGAAUGAGUUUUGAUUGGUUUCCGGUGGUCCCGCCACCUUCACUGGUGCUAGGGAUGAAGGACCCCCAUGAAUAUGGAAAAACCAAAAAUAACACUACUCUUUUUAUGUAA